AUGUCCGGUAUUCUCCGCGCCGCCGCCCCUCUGGCCCGCCGCCUGAACGCAGUCCCCAAGGGCCCCAUCGCCCAGCAGACCCGCGGCAUGGCCUGUGAGUGCCCCGAACGUCGCGCUGUUUCCUACCUCCCGCCUUCGCAUCCGGGCUUGGAUUAUCCCGACCCUAAUGCCCCUCCCAAGGUGGCCUACCCCUGGUUGGACCCGACCAACCCCCAGAACUGGAAGGAGGAGCACCUUGUGUUCACCAUCCUCGGUGGUUGGGGUGUUGUCAUCAUGGGCGCCAAGUCUGCUUUCUCGUGA